AUGAACGAAGUGCAUGCUUUUAUUCAGAACUUUGCUGGGAAUCUUGAAGACUUUCAGCAGAUUAAUGAGUUUAUGAAGUCUUAGACACAUGUCAUGGCUGCAAAUCAAAGUGAUACACUAAGGUUGAUUAAAAACAACACAGAUGCAGCUAAAAAUUCACUUAUUCAACUUUGGUUAAUCACUUCUCUUUACCAAAAUAAGAGCGCUCUACACUAAUUCAUUGAUGCUAACGAUCAGAUUGACCUUAUCAAUAAUUACUUUCAAAACUUCGUGCCUCUUUAAGUUACAACUUAGAAUAGGAAACUUUACGAGCUAGCUACUAUUUUUAGUGAACUUUUGAUAUCUGAGAAAAAGGCAAUCUAUGGAAUCAAUACCCUAAAGAAUGUGAUUUUCAAAGUUAGAUAGAAUGAUGAACAAGUCUGUGGAUCCCUUCAUAAGGAGUUUGCUAGGCUCUGCAUCAAAGCUAAAUGCUACCAACACUCACUUAUAGUUAUAGAUCAUCCAGUUAUAUAAUUUAAGAAAAAUACGUCGGCUAUGGAUAUCUUAAAUUAUAUGUAUUACAAGGCCUUGAUUUACACUGCUCUUAAACAGUUCUAGAAUGCUAUUGACUGCUUGAAACUUGUUAUAUCAUUUCCUUGUCAAUUAACUCACAAGAUACAUCUUGAGUCCUACAAGAAACUCAUUCUUUUAAAUCUAUUAGAGAAAGGAUAGAUGCCCGAUAUUCCAAAAUACACAAAUGUCAUGCUAAAGCAUAAUCUUGAGACAUCUUUUGCUUGUUAUAGAAAUCUUGGAAGUUCCUACAUUGGCAAGGAUGACAAGUUAUUUAAUGAAAUCAUUGAAAAUAACUAAGAAGAGUUUUUCAAAGAUAAAAACUAUGGCUUAAUUAAAAAGCUCUAAAAGAAAUACUAAAGAGUCAGAGUUAAGGAGCUCAGCAACACUUAUCUAACAUUGAGAUAUAAUCUUACAGAUAAUAAAGAAAUUGAGGAUACUCUAUUUGAGAUGAUUAAUUAAGAUGAAAGUCAGGCAAAGAUUGAUUCAUAAAAAGAAAUGAUAUCCUUUAUAGAUUCCACCUCAAUGACUAGCGCAAGUUAAUAAGAUGAUGCUAAGGAGGCUGAAUAUUUAACUGUGAUUGAAGAAUUAGAGAAUCAGAAUCAGAGAAUCAUUAAAUUAAUGAGCAAUGUUCAAGGACUUGACAAGGGGCUUCAGCUUACUAAAUAGUUCUUAUAGAGAAACUUAAAUGAUAGAGGUGGUAAUUCUGCAAGAGACGAUUCAGGAGGAGAUAUGAUGAUGUGA